CGCCCUUCCUUCCUGUCCUUCGUCGUACGCCCUGCCACACACCUUGGCUUCUUCCCCCUCCCCUCCUCAUCUUCUCCUCCCUGGCCUUCUCUUCGUCUAUUUUCCUCUCAUCAGCCUCGUAAGGCAGCUACUACCCGGACAUCUCAAGACCCGUUGCUCGCUCCCUACAGCCUCGCCCGGCUAGCUGCGAGACCAAUAGGCAUCUCAGCUUUACUUCUCAGGUGCUCUCACCUCCUCCCGAGUCCACACGCUCGUGCAUACAGUCACAGCGAGAAAUCAUGGCUCCCUCUAUUCAACCGCAGGCGGCUGUACGCUCCAGGAAAGCCAAAGCCGGAGCUCCUCACGACCAUGUUUCUGAUGAAGAGAGGAGGAUGGCCAUGAAGAACGGCACCUACUUUGGCGAAGACGAAGACCCCGACAGCAAGUUCAGGAGCUCUGCUGUUCCCGUCUCAGAGUCGAAGCAUGGCCUCACAUGGAAGGAGGACGGGACCAUCAUCCUCGCAAUCGCUCUCAUCGGCGCCGCACUGCGCUUCUGGCAGAUUGGCUACCCAGCUCAGGUCGUCUUCGACGAGGUACACUUUGGAAAGUUCGCAGCAUACUAUCUGCGCAGAGAAUACUACUUCGAUGUGCAUCCCCCUUUUGCCAAGAUGCUCAAUGCCCUCGCUGGGUACUUGGCAGGCUUCAAGGGCGACUUUGAGUUUGAAAACAUCACAGACAAGUAUGAGCCGGCAGGAGUACCUUACAUCAAGAUGAGAGCGCUGCCGGCCUUGCUGGGCACGGCCAAGACGCCCUUGGUGUAUAUGAUCAUGAGAGAGACGGGACAUGCCAGGAUUGCAGCUCUCCUCAGCGCAGGCCUGGUCUUGUUCGACACCGCUCAGACCCUUCAAGAUCGCCUUAUCCUCCUCGAUGCCGCCCUCUGCCUCUUCAUGAUCCUCGCAGUCUACUCGUACAUCAAAUUCUACAAGCAGAGGUACAAUGAGUUCUCCUUCCGCUGGUGGGCGUGGAUGAUCGCUACCGGUGUCAACCUCUCCCUCACUAUGAGCUGCAAGAUGGUCGGUCUCCUCACCUUCCUCACUGUGGGAACAGCUGUCCUUGUAGACCUAUGGAAGUUGCUCGACAUCAAUAGAGGAUUGACCAUGCGCCGUGUGGCCAAGCACUUCUUCGCAAGGGCACUGGGUCUCAUUGUCAUCCCUGCCAUCGUCUACAUGUUCUGGUUCUGGGUCCACUUCAAGAUUCUCAAGCAUUCCGGACAAGGUGAUAGUUUCAUGAGCUCCGAGUUCCAGGAAACACUCGAAGGCAAUCCCAUGUUGGCCCAGGCCAAGACAAUUCAUUAUGGUGAUGAGAUCAGUAUGCGUCACAAAGGCACGGGGGCCUUCCUGCACUCCCAUCCUGACAAGUACCCCCUCAAAUACGAUGAUGGAAGAAUCUCCUCCCAAGGUCAGCAGGUGACUGGAUACCCUCACAAUGACACAAACAACAUCUGGAAAGUCGUGCCCACAAUCGCUCUCCCAGAGGAAGACGGCGAUGGCAAAAUCGUACGCAACAACCAUGUCGUGCGCUUCCUUCAUGUGAACACACAGUCUUACCUCUUGACCCACGACGUCGCUUCGCCCCUGAUGUCGACGAACGAGGAGUUCACCACCGUACCCAUCGACGACGACACUCGCUACAAUGACACUCUUUUCGAGCUGCAGAUCAGCGGCAAGUCCAAGACGAGCACUGCCCCUUGGCAGAGCAAGAGCUCGUGGUUCAAGCUGAUUCACGUUCCCACCCGCGUCGCAUUGUGGACCUAUCCCGAGCCCCUGCUCCCGGAAUGGGCAUUCAAGCAACAGGAAGUCAAUGGAAACAAGAAUGUCAACGACAAGACGAACCUUUGGUACGUUGAAGACGUCAUGCCAGACCAGGAUGCCUCCGACUACGAGGAAAGAUCGGCGCCGGCCGCGCCACGCAAGGUGGUGCACAUGAGCUUCUUCAAGAAAUUCGUCGAGUUGCAGCUGCAGAUGCUCCAGCAGAAUGCAGGACUGACCGCGAGUCACCCAUACGCAAGUUCGCCCAUCAAUUGGCCAUUUGACCUCAGUGGUAUCUCCUUCUGGACAGAGAAUGACGAGCAGCGCCAGAUCUACCUCAUCGGAAAUGUCGUGAGCUGGUGGACUGCAAUCCUCCUCAUCUCCGUCUACGUCGGCAUCAUGGGCGCCGAUAUCCUCGCCCGCCGCCGAGGUCUGAGGCCAAUCACUGCAGACGUGAGGAGACGCAUGAGCUCCGGCGUCGGGUUCUUCAUCGUCGGCUGGAUCUUCCAUUAUCUCCCCUUCUUCUCGAUGAACAGGCAACUUUUCCUGCACCACUACCUGCCUGCCCAGAUCUGCGGCUGCAUGGUAGCAGGAGGUGUCUUCCAAUUCAUCGCAGUCGAGGAAGUCGCUACGCCCCUCUCGCGCCCAGGUCCAGGACUGGCUUCCUCGGCCAAGAGCAGCAACGAGACGCGGUACAAUGCCAGGGGGGAGCUCCUCUCCCUGCCUCGUCCAGCGACCAAGGUGGUUGUACCCUUGGCGGCCAAUUUCGUCGCGGCGGCACUGUUGGGAGCGACCAUUGCCAUGUUCAUCUACCUCAGUCCAUUCGUCUAUGGACUGCCUCUGACUGUGGAGCAGGUAGCGGCUAGGAAGCUCUUGAGUACUUGGUCGCUGCACUUUAUGCCGAGCACGAGCGAUACCUGAGCGGAAAGGGGGGAGGUCGCAGGGGGGAAGGUAUAAGCGAAAAGUCUCUCUGCGGCAGGGGCGAGGGACCAGGCGUAAGGGAUGAUUGGAUGGACAGAUGUAGGGGCAAGGGCCACAUGUGGAAGGGCGCGUUCAGGAAUGUCGAUCUUGUUGCGAUGUUAGAGUCAUUCAGCAGAGCAAGGCAAUACUUUAGACCUCCCUACCUGGCCUGUCUGGAAAGCUCUCCGUCGGUGCAGGCGAGCAAGCGAGCAGGUGAAGGCUGAAUGAUGCUAUAUAGACAGAAGAAGAGAGCGAAUCGCUCGCGUGAACGAGGUAUUACAGGUCGAAGUCAUCAUCGUCGUCAUCCAGGGACAUCUUCUUGCGAUUGUACUGAGGCACGAAUUGCCGAACGAGGGCGAGGGGAGUAUGAAUGUCAGCCUCUUCCAAUCAGU